AUGAAUAGUCCUGAGUGGAUGACUAUAGUGAUUGGAUGUAUAGCAUGUGGACUUUUUGGUGCAGCUCAAACAUUGUUUGCAUUUCUACUUGCUAAAAUAGUCGAUAGAUUCAAAUACUGUUCAACAUCUGAACGACGUCAUCAAGUAUUGAUUGCCAGUCUUCAAUUUUUCCUUUUGGGUGUUGUCGUAAUGAUACUUCGCUUAUUUCAGUAUACAGCUUUUGCCGUAUCAGGAUCAAAACUGACGCAACGCAUUCGUUCGAAAGCCUUCUCAUCCCUACUUCGCCAAGAAGUUGCGUAUUUUGAUCGACCUGAAAAUAGUUCUGGUGCGAUUUGUGUUCGUCUUUCUUCUAAUGCAUCAGCCAUCCAAGAUAUGACUGGUACACGAUUAGGAGCAAUCUGUACAGCUAUUGCGCUGCCGUUUUUUGGAAUUCUAUUUGGAUGUUUCAUUAGUUGGCAAUUGGCAUUGAUUGCUUUUUGUCCUUUUUUUAUCCUAUCCCUAAUUUCGUAUGCAGAUUUGUCCUUACAAGUACGACUGAAUAAAAAAUCAGAUCAAAUUAUCGGACGUGCAAGCUCGCUUCUUGAUGGUAUUGAUAUUCGACAACUAAACCUUCAUUGGGUUCGUUCACAGAUUGGCCUUGUGAGCCAAGAACCAAUCUUGUUCGAUUUAACAAUAGCUGAAAAUAUAACAUAUGGCUUAGAAAAUGUUCCAAUGGAAGACAUUGUUAAUGCGGCUCGUGCAGCUAACAUUCAUCAGUUUAUUCAGCAACUACCUCAGGGUUACGAAACAAGAGUAGGGUUGAAAGGCAGUUUCCUGUCGGGUGGUGAGAAACAGCGUAUUGCUAUUGCUCGAGUUCUUGUUCGUCGACCUAAAGUAUUGCUCUUAGAUGAAGCUACGAGUGCUAUGGAUUCACACAAUGAACAAAUGGUACAAGAAACUCUUGAUCAAGCUCACAGAGAAGAUUCUAGUCGAACAUCACUCAUUAUUGCUCAUCGUCUUUCAACUAUUCGUUCGUGUGUUUUGAUUUGCGUAGUUGAUAGAGGACAUAUAGUGGAGAGUGGUACUCAUACUGAAUUGAUACAACGACGUGGAGCUUAUUAUAAAAUGCUUCCUCAAAACAACUUACAAUGA